AUGAAGAGUGGUGUGUCCACGCUUCUCCGGCUCCUCUUCCUAAUUUGCCUUAUUCUAGCAGCCAGCGCCACCGGAGAGGGCGAUGACCAGCUCCUCUACUCCGGCUUCACCGGCGCCAACCUCGCCCUGGACGGCGCGGCCACGGUGACCCCAGGCGGCCUCCUCGAGCUCACCAACGGCACGGACCAGCAGAAGGGCCACGCCUUCUACCCGACUCCCCUCCGCUUCGCCGGAGGGUCUCCCGGCGCCGUCGUUCGGUCCUUCUCGGCCUCCUUCGUGUUUGCCAUCCAGUCCAUCUACACCGACCUGAGCGCCCACGGCAUGGCCUUCGUGGUGGCGUCGAGCACCAACUUCUCCUCCGCGCUGCCCGGCCAGCUCCUGGGCCUCACCGACGUCCAGAACAACGGCAACGGCAGCAACCACUUCUUCGCCGUCGAGCUCGACACCAUCCAGAACAAGGAGUUCGACGACCUCGACGCCAACCACGCCGGCGCCAACGUCAACGGCCUCCGCUCGCUGCAGUCCUACUACGCCGGCUACUUCGACGACGACGACGGUAGCUUCCGCAACCUGAGCCUGAUCAGCCGCGAGGCCAUGCAGGUGUGGGUGGAUUACGACCACAGGGUCGCUCAAAUCACCGUCACCAUGGCUCCCCUCAACGUGGGCAGACCAGUAAGGCCGUUGUUCACGGCCACCUACAACCUCACGACCGCGGUCACAGACGUCGCGUAUGUCGGCUUCUCCUCCGCGACCGGCACGAUCAAUGUGCGACACUAUGUGCUUGGCUGGAGCUUCGCCAUGAACGGUCCGGCUCCAGCCAUCGACAUCUCAAAGCUACCAAAGCUUCCCCGCAUGGGACCGAAGCCACGGUCCAAGGUGCUGGACAUUGUUCUGCCAAUAGCAUCCGGAGCGUUCGUCCUCAGCAUGGGCGCCAUUGUUCUCCUGGUGCUACGGAGACGGUUUCGGUAUGCCGAGCUGCGAGAAGAUUGGGAGGUCGAGUUCGGUCCACAACGGUUCUCCUACAAGGAUCUGUACUGUGCAACGGAAGGUUUCAGCGACACACACCUGCUUGGAAUUGGAGGAUUCGGGAGGGUGUACAAGGGCAUCCUUCCAGUGUCUACUAGAAUGGAGGUUGCUGUGAAGAAGGUUGCACACGACUCGAAGCAGGGCAUCAAAGAAUUCAUUUCAGAGGUUGUCAGCAUAGGACGUCUCCAGCACCGCAAUCUAGCGCCAUUGCUUGGCUACUGCAGACGGAGAGGUGAACUGUUUCUGGUGUACAAGUACAUGCCAAACGGGAGCGUUGACAAGUACUUGCACGGUAGAGAAGGCAAACCAAUUUUGAAUUGGGCUCAGAGGUGGCAUAUUGUCAAAGGCAUUGCAUCAUGCUUGGUCUACCUUCAUGAAGAGUGGGAGAAAGUGGUCAUCCACCGGGACAUCAAAGCCAGUAACGUCCUCCUCGAUGGCGACAUGAAUGGAAGACUCGGUGACUUUGGCCUCGCAAGGCUGUACGACCACGACACCGACCCGCAAACCACACACAUGGUGGGAACCAUAGGAUACCUCGCUCCUGAGCUAGGGCAUACUAGCAAAGCGACACCUCUCACCGACGUGUUUGCCUUUGGAGUGUUUAUUCUUGAAGUUACUUGUGGGCAGAGGCCUGUCAAUCCAAACUUAGAGGAUAGCCAAGUAUUGUUGGUCGAAUCGGUGCUCGAUCAAUGGAACAAGGGAUCGCUCCUUGAUCCCGUGGAUAAGCAGCUUGGGGGCAACUACAACGCCGACGAGGCAUGUGUGGCUCUAAAGCUAGGCCUGCUAUGCUCUCACCCAUUCGCCAAUGCAAGGCCUACCAUGCGGCAGGUGAUGCAGUACCUUGAUGGCGACAUGCCAUUGCCGGAGAUGUCACCGACGGAUUUAAGCUUUCAGAUGAUGACCAUAAUGCAGAAUGGAGGAUUUGAUCAAUUCAUCAUGACGUAUCCUUCAUCAACAGCGCGUAUUGACAGCACAUCCGUCCUUACAGUUGGGAGGUGA